AUGAUGAGUGACGCCAGCGACAUGUUGGCCGCGGCCCUGGAGCAAAUGGAUGGCAUCAUAGCAGGUUCGAAGGCUCUGGAGUAUUCCAAUGGUCUCUUUGACUGUCAGUCCCCCACGUCCCCAUUCAUGGGGAGCCUGCGAGCGCUGCACCUGGUGGAGGACCUGCGCGGCCUGUUGGAGGUGAUGGAGACAGAGGAGAAGGAGGGCCUGCGGUGCCAGAUCCCAGACUCCACUGCGGAGACGCUCAUCGACUGGCUGCAGAGCCACUUGACCAAUGGACACCUCCCUGGCAACGGAGACGUGUACCAGGAAAGGCUGACACGCUUGGAAAACGAUAAAGAGUCUCUCGUUCUUCAGGUGAGUGUGUUAACGGACCAGGUGGAGGCUCAGGGCGAGAAGAUUCGAGACUUGGAGUUCUGCCUGGAGGAGCACAGAGAGAAGCUGAACGCCACCGAGGAGAUGCUGCAGCAGGAGCUCCUGAGCAGGACUGCUCUCGAGACCCAGAAGCUGGACCUGAUGGCAGAGAUUUCUAACCUGAAGUUGAAACUCACGGCGGUGGAGAAGGACAGGCUGGAUUACGAAGACAGGUUCAGAGACACAGAAGGGCUAGUGCAGGAGAUCAACGAUUUGAGGUUAAAAAUCAGUGAAAUGGACAAUGAAAGACUUCAGUAUGAAAAGAAGCUCAAGUGUACCAAAUCUUUAAUGGCCAAAGUUUCUAGCAUGAAAAUCAGAGUGGGUCAGAUGCAGUAUGAAAAGCAGCGGAUGGAGCAAAACUGGGAGUCCCUGAAGGAGGAGCUGGCCUCUUUACAAGAACAACUGGAGGAGAAGGAAUCCGAAGUCAAAAGGCUACAGGAAAAAUUGGUUUGCAAAAUGAAAGGAGAAGGAGUCGAGAUUCUAGACAGAGAUGAAAAUUUUAAAAAGAAGCUCAAGGAAAAAAAUAUCGAAGUUCAGAAAAUGAAGAAAGCAAUGGAGUCCCUGAUGGCAGCGAACGAAGAGAAGGAUCGGAAAAUAGAAGACCUGCGGCAGUGCCUGAACAGGUACAAGAAAAUGCAGGACCCGGUGGGACUGGCCCAAGUCAAAGACACUGACUAUGACGACCUGCUCCACUCCAGCUCCAUCUCCACACUGCUGGACACUCAGGGCUUCAAUGAUGUGGAAAAAAGCUCGUCGCCUACCCCUGCAGCGGGCUCUCCCAGUCGCGACCUGUUUAACACAAGUGUCCCAGACGAGUUUCACAUCAGCACCUUGCAAGUUUCAAUCCCAUCAUUGGCAGCACCCAUGGGCUUGGAGACUUCUGAGAAGAGCAAGCUGCCUUCCAAGCUAGAAGCUUCCUUCCAAGAGAAUGAUGGGAAGAUAAUCUCCGGCCAUGCUGUGGACACCCAGCUGUGUGACGGUCUUUUAACUUCAAGUCUGCAAAAAUCCAGCAGCCUGGGCAAUCUGAAGAAAGAGAUGGUGGAUGGGGAAAAGGAGUCACUCUCGAAGCCUUCAGAGGACAAGCUUCCGGGGCAGAGCAACACGCUGGGGAGCCUGCCACCCAAGGCUCCGCGCCCCGAGGCCCCUGCAGAUGAUAACCCCUUUGGGACCCGCAAAGCCAGGGCAUCCUUUGGCCGGGGCUUCUUCAAGAUCAAAAGCAGCAAGAGGACAGCAAGCGCACCCAACUUGGAUCGUAAACGAAGUGCCAGUGCACCCACCUUAGCUGAAACAGAGAAGGAGGCAGCGGAGCACCUGGAUCUGGCUGGGAUGGCUUCUCGGCCAAAAGAUUCCCAGGGUCCCUUCCAGCUGUCUCCCCCGUCUCCGGAUUCCAAAAAGAAAUCCAGAGGUAUCAUGAAGCUCUUUGGCAAACUUAGAAGAAGUCAGUCCACUACAUUCAACCCAGAUGACAUGUGUGAGCCUGAAUUCAAAAGAGGGGGGACCAGGGCAACAGCAGGGCCCCGACUGGGCUGGUCUCGAGAUUUGGGACAGUCUAACAGUGACUUGGAUAUGCCGUUUGCCAAAUGGACCAAGGAGCAAGUUUGCAAUUGGCUCGUGGAACAGGGCCUGGGGUCCUACCUGAAUUCUGGCAAGCACUGGAUCGCCUCUGGCCAAACACUUUUGCAAGCCUCUCAACAAGAUCUAGAAAAGGAACUCGGAAUCAAGCAUUCCCUUCACCGAAAGAAACUACAGCUGGCCUUGCAAGCUCUGGGAUCCGAGGAAGAGACCAAUCAUGGCAAGCUGGACUUCAUCUGGGUCACGAGAUGGCUGGACGAUAUUGGCCUGCCCCAGUACAAGACCCAGUUUGAUGAAGGACUGGUGGAUGGCCGGAUGCUACAUUAUAUGACCAUUGACGACUUGCUGUCACUGAAGGUCGUGAGCGUGCUCCACCACCUCAGCAUCAAAAGGGCCAUCCAGGUCCUGCGCCUCAACAACUUUGAGCCCAACUGCCUGCGGAGGCGACCCUCUGAUGAGAGCAGCAUCACUCCCUCCGAGGUUCAGCAGUGGACCAACCAUCGAGUGAUGGAGUGGCUGCGCUCUGUGGACUUGGCUGAGUAUGCCCCCAAUCUCAGAGGUAGCGGCGUCCACGGCGGGCUCAUGGUGCUGGAGCCGCGUUUCAAUGUGGAGACAAUGGCUCAGUUACUGAACAUCCCACCGAACAAGACCUUGCUGCGGAGGCACCUGGCCACUCACUUCAACCUCCUGAUUGGCGCCGAGGCCCAGCGCCAGAAACGAGACGCCAUGGAGCUGCCUGAUUACGUCCUCCUCACAGCCACGGCCAAAGUGAAGCCAAAGAAAUUGACCUUCAGCAAUUUUGGGAAUCUGAGAAAGAAGAAACAGGAAGAUGGGGAAGAGUAUGUUUGUCCCAUGGAACUGGGACAGGUGUCGGGGAGUGCAUCUAAGAAAGGAUUCAAGCCUGGCCUGGACAUGCGCCUCUAUGACGAGGAUGACCUGGACCGUUUAGAGCAGAUGGAAGAUUCAGAAGGGACGGUGAGGCAAAUAGGCGCGUUCUCCGAGGGCAUCAACAACCUGACACACAUGCUCAAGGAGGACGACAUGUUUAAAGACUUCGCCACCUGCUCCCCCAGCACCAGCAUCACGGAUGAAGACUCCAAUGUCUGACCUUGGUGCGGGGUUGCACAUUAGGAGCCCUUGGCCCUUCUCCCUCCGCAUUCCUCCAGCACCCUUGGCAUGCACAACCGGCAGUGGAUUGCAUGUGUCCAUUCAGUCCAACUUCGGCCCCUCAGAGAGCAGAAAUGAAAAGCAGAGGCCAUGCACCUGUCAUGACGUUACUGCACAAGGGGACGCUGGUGAAUGAGGCUCGGAUUGUUUUUUUGUCUAUUUAAUAUAAAAACCUGUGAUAUGGUCUAUUUAAAGCGUUGCAUUUACACUGCGUAUUUUGCCACGAUGUCUGCAUCCGUUCACAUGCCUGGGAUGGAGGAGCCAUGAGGCAGUGACUAAGGAUGGGAUUGCUGAGGUCACAUCAGGCCUCGAUGCCGUCACACGAGUGAAUGGCACGCCGCCAUGCUUCAGUCGGCUCUGCGGAUUGUCUCGAAGCAGUUGGUGUGCCUCCCCAGAUGCCAGCCACAGCUCCACUUGCCU